CUCAGGGUGGCUAUGAAUUGCAGAAAGAGCAAAAUAACUACGUUGAACAGCUCCCAGCGUGUACAUUUCACUUAUAUUGAUCGUGUACCGGAACCGGUGGGUCUCGAAACCACUAUAUAUCUGGGGCUUUAUAUACCAUUAUCGAUUAAGCGCGGAGCGAGAUAGCCAUGCAGCAAUUCACCCAGUGGAAGAACUGGAGACGUCCGUCCCAACGUCAACCGCAUGAACCGGUCUUAACAACCGAAGAUGAAGCAUUUCUACGAGAGAUUACCUCCGAUCCGGCAAAGCAAGGGACGGUAUCGCCUACCAUCGAAAAUGAUACCCCUCUAUCGCCUAUUUCUCCCGUACCCACAGAUACUUUCGACACUACCCAAUCACCAGUGUCACCGGCAGAGGAAUUUGGAAAGGAGCUAGGGGAGGAAGAACGGAAGAUCAGAGAGAAGACAGAGCGCUCUCAGAGUGUCUCUCAAGGCUCCAAAGCUGAGAGCUCUACGCAGAAGAAGAGGCCUUGGAGUUGGAUCCGGCGGAAGAGCACGGUUGACAAGAAGGGUAGCGAAAGCGCGAGCGAAGCCGCUCCCGCACCAAGUGCCUCAAGUGAUGCACAGCCCGCUGAAGCUAAAGAAGACGAUGAAGCGAAACAAGAAGCAGAAGAUAUGACGGAAAUCCUCGAGCGCCUCAACCUGGCGGCCGAAAACAACCGCGUAUUCUCGAUAAGUGACGAAACACGGGAACUCCUUCGUAAAUUCACAUUGAUCUUCAAGGACUUGGUCAAUGGUGUUCCGACUGCGUAUCAUGAUCUCGAGAUGCUCCUCAAGAACGGCAACAAGCAACUGCAAAGCACUUACUCGAAUCUCCCGAAGUUCCUCCAGAGCCUGAUCGAGAAGCUUCCUGAAAAAUGGACUGAGACACUUGCCCCCGAAGUUCUCGCGGCUGCCACUGAGAAGGCCAGUAAAAGUGGUAUCAAUGUGGACAAUGUAGGCAAGGCGGCGGCGGCCGCCAACAAGAUGGGACUUAAGGUUCCCAGCCUGAAAGAACUAGUAGGGAAGCCAGCCGCGCUUGUAGGGAUGUUACGGUCCAUAAUGGCAUUCUUACGGGCUAGAUUCCCCGCAGUGUUGGGUAUGAAUGUACUCUGGUCAAUGGCAUUGUUUAUUCUUUUGUUUGUCCUCUGGUAUUGCCAUAAACGGGGCCGCGAGGUUCGCCUCGAAAAUGAGCGUCUUGUUACAGAAGAGGAGAUUGGUAAACUGAAUGACGAGUCACCUGAAGGGAAGAUCCGCAAUACUGAGACGUUGACGACCACGGCACCCCGAGGAGCUUCCGCGGCGGAGAUCCGCCAAGGAGUAAAGGAGGUGCAACAAGCACGAGAGGCCGCCACGACUACGAACGAUGCCAAGGACAAGGAGAAUGAACCUAAAGAUGAUAUUUCUACCAGGCCAAAACGAUCCAAGUCAAUUUUAUCAAUCUGGCCUAGGUCGGACCCAAAACCGACACCGGCAGAACCGAAAAUUGAACCCUACCCAGGUACCUGAACAGGGUACUGUUGUCACUUUUGGAGAGGCGCAUUUGCUUUUUAACGUCAUUUUGAUACCUUUUUGUUGUCUUUAAUCCCAUGAUCUACUGUUAUGAAUUCCAUGUCUUUCGGCCACUUGUCCUCU